GUCCUGCAAAGUGAGGUCCAACUCAGUUUUGUCUCUGCAGCUGAAGACUUAGAAAUGCCAAUUGAUUUCAGCGGAUACUGGAAAAUGAUGAUCAAUGAGAACUUUGAAGAAUACUUGAAAGCACUAGAUGUAAACAUUGCUCUGCGGAAAAUUGCAGUCCUGUUGAAAGCGGACAAAGACAUUACUCAUAAGGGCAACCACAUGAUCAUUAAAACCAUCAGCAGCCUCCGUAAUUACAUCAUGGAAUUCGAUAUUGGCAAAGAGUUUCCUGAGGACUUAUCUGGAAUAGACGAUCGCAAGUGUAUGACUACGGUGAAUUGGGAUGGGGACAGACUUGUGUGUGUACAAAAUGGAGAAAAACGAGGUCGCGGUUGGACUCACUGGAUUGAGGGGGAUGAGCUACACCUGGAACUACGGGUUGAAGAUGUCAAAAGUAAGCAAGUCUUUAAGAAGGUGGAGUGAAGAACAUGACCAGAGGCAAAACGAAAGAAGAGACGUUGACUAAAGCCAGAGAACCUCAACAACUUCUAAACAUUGAAGACUAAAUCCGCUGACAACAUCAGUGGAAACGAUAAACUCGUCACCUUUUCAAAUGUUUCAAGGAAAUGAGACAUUUGAGUCUAAAUCGCUUAGAAAAUUUUGUUGGUAGUGACUUGUCCCAUUGUAUUUCUCUUUGAUUGGUGACUUAUUAUCUUACACAAUUUAGUUCUAAUUUUGUCUCGCUAUAACUAUUGGCACAUCAACCAGCAUUCAGUUCACUGUGUUUCAAUUUGCAGCUCUAUCUCUAUGCUGUGUGUGUUUUUUUUAAUUUCCCCUUUAUCGUGUUCUCCAUUGCUGUGCCGCUUUUCUCUCUUUCCCUUUCCGUAUUUGUUCCUCAGUCUCAAUAGGAUUCUCCUCACUCCUCGCCAGUAAAUAUAAACCAGGAAAUCAUUUACUAACACUGCCUUAUUGGGAAAUAUGAUCUUCAAUCCCCAGUGCCAAUUUGGUGCACUUUAACCUCUGUGCCGCACUUUCCCCUACUUCUCCACGUCGAACCUUGCAAGAUAACACAUCAUAAUUAAAUAUAUGUUAUGGGUCA